AUGAGGACAAAGAGGAUGAAGAUGAAAGAAGAAGCUCAAAUAUCAUCAUCAUCAAUGGAGAAUAUUUCAGUACGGAAGUACGUGGAAGUUCGCAGCAAAGAAGACGGGUUUCUGGGCUCGUACUUCGUGGCCAAAGUGGUGGCGAGAGUGGGGAAAGAGCGGCUAAAAGUCGAGUACACGACGCUGGUGUCAGAGGAAGACGAGAACAAGAGACUGCGGGAGGUGGUGCUGGCAAGGGACGUGAGGCCGUGCCCGCCAAUAAUUGAGGUUGCGGAGUUCCACGAGCUGCAGAAGGUGGACGCGUACGACAGAGAAGGGUGGUGGGUGGGGAGGGUUAUUGGCAGAGUCGGCGGCGGAGAUGAAAAUUAUUUUGUUCACUUUGAUAGUACUGGGGAUAAGCUUGUUUAUUCUGGUUCAAUGUUGAGAGUUCAUCAAGAAUGGGAAAAUGGAAUUUGGGUUCCUUCUGAGAGAAGAGGCUAA